AUAAUCUUAGCUUUAAUAAUUUUACUCAUACCUCAUCUUACAACAACUCCUUUGAGGAUAUUGGUUUAACAGGUAUUGUUGGCAGCAAAAACACAUUUGGGAAUAAAAAUAUAAAUAAUAAUGAUAAUAAAAACAAUAAUAUUGGUGAUGGUAAUAGUAAUUUUGAUAACAUAGUCAAUAAUAAUAAUAAUAACAUCAAUAAUAACAAUAACAAUAUAAAUAGCAUUAAUAAUAAUAAUAAUAAUAAUAAUAAUAAUAAUAAUAAUAAUAAUAAUAAUAAUAAUAAUAAUAAUAAUAAUAAUAAUAAUAAUAAUAAUAAUAAAAAUAAUAAAAAUAAUACCAAUAACAGUAUAAAUAGUAGUAAUAAUAAUAAUAAUAAUAAUAAUAAUAAUAAUAAUAAUAAUAAUAAUAAUAAUAAUAAUAAUAAUAAUUUAAAUAACAUAAUUCAAGAUAGCUAUACAACAGCAAAUGCAUUACUAUUUCUUUAUAAAAAAAUAUUAAAAGAAAAAGAUCCUCACAUCGAUGUAGACAACAAUGGUAUCGACUAUUCAGAAAGCUACAAUCGACAUAGUUUAAAAUAUUUUGAUGGUAUCACCAAUAGAAAAUUUAUGGACUUUGCCAAUCCUUGGGAGGGUAUCACCAUAUCUCGUCAAUAUAAAGUUUUCUUGGGCUGUCUCAAAGUGCUUCUAAUAGUGGACUCUAAAGGGAAAAAUAUUUUAUGGAAUGGUUCAAAGAAAAUAAAAGAGUUGGUCGAAAUUUCUUAUCACUAUUAUGAAGCUGGCCAUUCUAGUAAUUGUAAAUAUUGUGCAAAGUCAGCAAAUAAAAAUAUCCAAUUUGCGAGUUUGUUACUAAAAGAAACAGUUUGCUAUAGAUUUGUAAAGUUUUUAAUUUUCAAAUAUAAAGAUAAUAAUGAUGCAUUUUUCUCUUACAGCGAUAUGGGCAUAAAUAAUAAGAAUGUUUUGUAUUUAUAUGCUUUAAUUUUAGAGUUUUGGAAAAUCAUUGAAAAGAGAGAUGGUAAAAAUGCAGCUUGUGGGAAUCGUUUUAAAUGGUCAAGUGAGUUUCAUAUUUCAGACGAAGAAUUUAUCGAAAUCGAAGAAAGAUGUCCAAACAAAUAA